UGCUGGCCAUGGAGGAGAUGACCAUUUGGGAGCAGCAUACGGCCACGCUCUGCAAGGACCCUCGCAAGGGCUUCGGCAUUGCCAUCUCUGGGAUCCGGGACCGGUCUGGGAGCUCCGUGGUGGUUUCGGAUGUGGUGCCUGGGGGUCCAGCAGUGGGCCGGCUGCAGACUGGGGACCACAUCGUCAUGGUGAAUGGCGUUCCCAUGGAGACAGCUUCAUCCACCUUCGCCAUCCACAUCCUGAAGACGUGCCACCGGGUGGCUGACAUUACGGUGAAGCGACCUCGGAGGAUCCAACUGCCCAGCUCUGCGGUGGGCACCUCUAGACCGGGGGACCACAGGGACAGUGAGGACGAGGCUGGGCCAGGCGGUGGCUAUGAGGGUGACUCGUCCAGUGGCUCUGGCCGCUCCUGGAGUGAGCGCUCCCGCCGGCCCCGGGCUGGACACCGCAGCCGUGCCAGCAGUUGGGGGCGCAGGAGCCCGGGUGGGGGCUCCGAGGCCAACGGGCUGGCCCUGGUGUCGGGCUUCAAGCGGCUGCCACGGCAGGAUGUGCAGAUGCGGCCCCUGAAAUCAGUGCUGGUGCGGAGGAGAGAGAGUGACGAGUUCGGAGUCAAACUGGGCAGUCAGAUCUUCAUCAAGCACAUCACAGAUUCCGGCCUCGCUGCCCAGAACCGUGGCCUGCAGGAAGGGGACCUUAUUCUACAGAUCAACGGGGUGUCCAGUGAGGGCUUGUCUCUGGCCGACACCCGGCGCCUGAUCGAACAGUCGGAUGGAAAACUGACUCUGCUGGUGCUCAGGGACAGGAGACAGUUUCUGGUGAACAUCCCCCCGGCAGUCAGCGACAGCGACAGCUCCCUCCUGGAUGACAUCUCAGAGCUUGGCUCAGAGUUUUCCCAGGCGCCACCUUCCCACAUUCCGCCACCACCCGGACAUGGGCAACGAAGUCCAGAUACCAGCCGAAGCAACUCCCCUGAAGAAAGGACCAGGUAUAGGAGGGAAAGUUCAGUGGAUUCCAGAACUGCCUCAGAACCAGGUGAUGCUAGGGAAGAGAUUGGUUGUUUCUUUGUAGAUUCCCCCAGGUCCACCACCUACGACAUCUACCGGGUACCGAGCGGGCAGAGUAUGGAGGAUCGUGGGUACAGCCCUGAUUCCAGAUUGGUCCGUUUCAUCAAAGGCGCCAACAUAGGGCUGAAGCUGGCUGGGGGCAAUGAUGUGGGCAUCUUCAUCUCAGGGGUGCAGAAAGGGAGCCCGGCUGAUGGGCAGGGCAUUCAGGAAGGGGACGAGAUUCUGCAGGUGAAUGACACCCCAUUCCGAAACCUCACCCGGGAGGAGGCCGUGCAGUUCCUACUGGGGCUGCAGCCUGGAGAGGAAGUGGAAUUGGUGACACAGAGGAAGCAAGACAUCUAUCGGAAGAUGGUGGAGUCUCGCGUGGGCGACUCCUUCUAUGUGCGGACACACUUUGAGCAUGAGCCCGCGCCCCCAUACGGCUUGGGCUUCACCCGAGGGGACGUCUUCCAUGUGCUGGACACGCUGUACCCAGCGCCCGGCCACAGCCAGGCCCGAGGAGGCCACUGGCUGGCGGUGCGCAUGGGCCGAGAUCUGCGGGAGAUGGAGCGGGGCAUCAUCCCCAACCAGAGCAGGGCUGAGCAGCUGGCCAGCCUGGAGGCAGCCCAGCGGGCGGUGGGUGUGGGGCCCAAUGCCUCUGCCAUGGGCUCCAACGCCCGGGCCGAGUUCUGGCGGCUACGGGGACUCCGCCGUGGAGCCAAGCGGAGCAGCCAGCAGAGCCGCGAGGACCUGUCGGCUUUGACCAAACAGGGCCGCUACCCGCCCUACGAGCGAGUGGUGCUUCGAGAAGCCAGCUUUAAGCGCCCUGUGGUUAUUCUGGGCCCUGUGGCUGAUGUGGCUAUGCAGAAGCUGACCGCUGAGAUGCCCCAUCAGUUUGAAAUCGCAGAGAGCAUCUUGAGGACCGAGAGUCCCUCCAAGAUCAUCAAACUGGAUACUGUGCGCGUCAUCGCCGAGCGGGACAAGCACGCACUCCUGGAUGUGACGCCGGCAGCCGUGGAGCGGCUCAACUAUGUACAGUACUACCCCAUCGUGGUCUUCUUCGUCCCUGAGAGUCACAAGGCCCUCAAGACGCUGCGCCAGUGGCUCGCCCCGGCCUCACGUCGUAGCUCCCGGCGGCUGUACGCGCAGGCUCGGAAGCUGCAGAAGCACAGCGAACAUCUCUUCACAGCCAGCAUCCCCCUGCACGGCCUGAGUGACAGCUGGUAUGAAGAGUUGAAGGCUGUGAUCCGCGAGCAGCAGGCGCGCCCCAUCUGGACGGCCGAGGACCAGCUUGACAGUGCCUCGGAGGACAACCUGGACCUACCGCACCGAGGCCUGGCUGACAGCUCUGCAGAUCUGAGCUGUGACAGCCGUGUCAACAGCGACUACGACACGGAUGGUGAAGGUGGCGUCUAUACGGAUGGUGAGGGUGGGCUGCACACGGAUGUAGAUGACGAGCCCCCGGUGCCAGCCCUGGCCCGAUCCUCGGAGCCUGUGCUGGCGGACAGGUCGCAGAGCCCCCGGCAUUAUGAGUAUCGGGAGACCCAGGUGGAGAGCCGUCCACCCCAGGGCCGGUGGCAACAACGGGACAGCAUUCGGACAUAUGAGCGGGAGGCUCUGAGGAAAAAGUUUACACGAGCCCGAGACAUGGAGUCCUCAGACGAAGACUGGGGCCCGGCCACCGACCUGUGACCUCCCUCGUGGUAGCCAGCUGUGCCUGU